AAGGAAAAUUGGGAGUCUCUCUCUUCCUCUUUUAUCUUUCUGCGGUCUCUAACAUAUCGCGAUUACAAAUCAUCUUGGAGCGCCCGGCAGUAACCUAGUAACACUCCCAAAAUCUCCGUCUUACAAGCCAAAAAAAAUCCAAGGACUAUUUAACAGAAAAAAAGCCCCCAGAUUUUGAAGAAAGAUAGGCAUACAACGUAUCUAACUCUCUUCCUCCUGAUUUGCCUCUGUUUCAAGCAAGCAAAAAAGAGGGUCGAGGACCAGUAAUAAUAUAUCCAGUAUGCCUACUCUUACAAAGCUCUUUUCAAUGUCAGAAGUCGCUCAGCACAACACCAAAGAGGAUUGCUGGAUUGUCAUUGAUGGAAAGGUAUAUGAUGUGAGUUCAUAUUUGGAUGAGCAUCCAGGCGGGGAUGACGUUGUCAUUGCUGCAACUGCGAAAGAUGCAACCGAUGAUUUUGAAGAUGCUGGUCACAGCGAAGAUGCAAGGGAACUUUUAAAUUCCUUUUGCAUUGGUGAGCUUGAUGCAUCUGCUCCAGCAAUCCCAGAACUUGAAAUUUCUACCAAGAAACAACCAGCUGCUCACGCGCUGAAGCUCAAGGACUUGACGAAGCAAUAUUGGACAGUUCCUGUAGCCAUUGCUGGCCUCUCUGUGAUGGUUGGCUUCUUGUACUUGCGGAAGAAGUAGAGCAAUUUCAAAACUUUCCAUCUUGGUCUUGGCUUCUGAGAGAAAACAGAAGUGUUGUCACAAUUUUGAAUAAUUAGGGAUAAUGAUUAACAAUUUGAUUGGAAGUGACCUGUCAUUAUUUAUAAUUUCCAUUUUUCGGUCAUUGGAAGUUAUUUUAAAAGAACUGGAAGAUGAAGUGUAAGUUGUUAUUUACAUUAUAGCAGGAGUGAAACUUUGCCAAUACCCACAAAAAGACUGGGUGGUUGAUUGGAUACAGUGGCGUUUGCUGCUUUCUGAAUAUCAUGGUACCUUGUUUU